CAUAACUUCGGCAUUUAUUUAAAUAAGUUUUUAAAAUCACUGAUGGAUGAACCAGCUAAAAAAGAGCAGCAUUUUUCGCAUUCUGAUCACGAGGAGGUGGUAGUACUUGAAUCAAGCCAUAGAACAAAACAUAAGCAUAAGUCUCGUCAGUUUUUUCAUUCACCUGGAGGUGAAGAAAUAAAAUUAGCCGUGGCUCAACCAGAUAAUGAUGAACCAACAUUUCUGAAGCCUCCUGUAGCGAAAAAAAGAAAGAAGACAUCAAAGAAACCUGCAACUAUUCGCUCAAGUGAAAUGGCUACUGAAAGUAUUAAGAGUGUCCCUCCGGUAGAAAUAAAACAUCGUUCCAUUGAUAAAACAAGAAGUUUAAUGGAAGAAGAGAUUAAAGAUCCAGUUGUUCAACAAGACAAUCAAUCAAUUUCAACUUCAUCACCAAUGAAAUAUGAACAGUCAAAACAAUUUUCUAAAUCAAAAUCAUAUUAUCCAUUACCUGAGAGAAUGCAACGGUUACGUAAAAGCACAAUAUUAGGUGAAUUGUCAACAAGUCCUGAUUUAAGUUUAAGUGAUUUAAAAGAAAAUGAAAAUUUUAAUGAAAUAACUAAUGAUGAAUUUUUCACAAAAGAAUGGUAUGAUAAUACUAAACAAAAACAUACUACUUAUGAUUUGAAUUCAAUAACAGAAUCACAUAAUUUAACAAUGGAUGAAUUGCAAUCGAAAUUCUUAAAAGAUAAACAUCAUAAAAGACUUUCAAAGAGAACACAAUCAAAUAUGGAAGAGAAUUUAACUGAGAUAAAUCAAGAAAAUCAACCACUUCUAGGAAUUGCUGAAAGAACAAAAUAUGAUCUUUUAGUAUUUGGACGGUCAUCAUAUUUAUCUAAUCAAGAAAGAAUUAAAUAUGAAUCAAAAUUUCUAUAUAAUCCAACUGAUAUAGAAGUUCCUAUUGAAUUGAAAACUGGCGGUAAAUUACCACGAUAUUUGGAAGAUGAAGGUUAUUAUAUUGGUAAACAACCAUAUGUAGCUCCAACCAAUUUACGUCGUUUAGAAAAUCGUAUUUUAAAAGAAAUUCAAAUGGAUGUAUAUGGAUUAAAAUCUUUAAAUGAUUUUCAUUCAGCUGAUAUUCAAUUAAUUAAUGGAACUUUACAAGAUCAAGAGUUAGAACAUAAAAAACGAUUGAAAAUUCAAUCAUGGUUUCGAGAAGAUGGUUCACUUGAUUUACAACCGAAUCCUUUACGAAAUAUUCCAUCAAGACCACCUUUAUGGGAUGAACAAUUUAAUCCAAUACCUGAAAAAUUACAAACAGUUUAUUUACAUCCAAUGUCAUUUGAAAUGACACAGAAUCUUUUCAAUAUGGAAUCAAAAGGCUUAACGUCAGAAAAUCUGUCAACCGCUUUAACACAAUGUAAACAUAUUGGUUUAUUCAAUAAUAAUAAUGGGAAUACUGAAUAUCGUUUACAUGUGGAUAUUCGACGCGUUACAUUUGAUUUUCAUCCAUUAUUUAGUUUAGAACAUGUUCAUGUACAAAACUUACGUCAAAUUAUUCAAGCAUACGAAUUAACAUUAUCUAGAGAUCAAGUGAAUGCAUGUAUUCAACGAAUUAACGCCUUAAAACGAGCAUUGAAAAAACUUGAAGAAAAACGAAAUAAUAAUGCAAGUAUUUUAAGUCAAGAUGAAUUGUUAGAGAUGGAUUAUCGUAUUGAAGAUUAUUAUCAUGAAAUUAGUUUAAUGCGUCGUGCAAGAAAUCAUGCUGAAGCCUAUGAAAAAGGAUUAUUGACUUCAGCUCUUCGUGCAUGGAAACGUGUUAAAGAAGCAAGACAAACUAGUGGUUGUACAAAUACUACUGUUCGAUUAAAAAUCACUAAACAAAUAACAAAUGUAGAACAAGAUCAAGCAGAUUGGAAUCAAGAAUUAGAUGAUAUUGUCAAUGAAGCAAAACAUGAAUAUGAUGUACAAUUUAAGAUAGAACAAAAAAAAUAUGAAGAAGAAUUAGCAAUAUAUAAAAAAGAGAAAAAACAACAGGAUGCUGCUCUUAGAAGACAACGCUUACGUGAAUCAGGCCAGAUAGACGGUGAUUGGGAGGAUAAUGCUGAACUUGAACGUGAAGAUGCACAAUGUUUAGCACAGAAAACCAGAAAAAAUCCACCAAUUAUACCAAAAUCAUUUAAUGCUCAAGUGAUUCGAGAUGAAACAGAAGUGAAUUUAAGAAAAUUUAGACGUUUACCAAAUGAACCAAAAAUUACAGUUAGUUUAGUUGAUGAUUCAACAAUAUCAUCAAACAAUGAAUGUUCAAGAGCUGAAAUUAAUCGUCGUUUAAAAUUACUUGAAUAUACUUAUUUUAUCAAAUUGUAUUAUAAUCGUAAAUUAGUUGAAACUAGUCAACCACAAUUAUUAACUCAUAACUUUACACUUAAUUUCAAUUGGAUUCUACCUAUACAAAUACGUAAUCAACCAGAAUCUAUUGUAGCCAAAUUAUUUGAGAAACAUGGUUGGACAUCACAUCAAAUAGCAGAAUUUCAUAUUGGAUUGCCAAAUUAUACAGAUAUACAAAAUACAUCUAUACAACAGAUGAAUAGAUCAUCUGAAUUAGAUUUACAACAUUUACGAUUCAUUGUAACAACUGGAUCAUCGUUUAAACUUGAUCAAAGUAAAUCAAAUCAAAAACAAUCUAGUUUAUCAUCAUCAUCGUCGUUUGUUGGUAGACAGCCAAAGAUUCUGUUAGAAGAUUUAGAUGGUUCUGGUGAGAAAAUAGUAUGUAUACCAAUAACUGGAACAUUAUUUGCUACAACUAAAUGGAUAUCUAUCAAUUCAUCAUUGAUUAAUGAUAUGGAUAUUGAAGCAUGUAUUGGAUAUCCAGAUAGAUCUCUGUAUCCUCAAGGAUCAAUGAAGAGACAUGUUACAGACUUGCAAUCAUUAAUUUAUCCAACUACAUCCUAUUUACAACCAACACAGUUAUUUCAAUCCAAUCCAUUAUUCUUAAACGAUACAAGUAAAGAUGAUGACAAACAAGUUUAUAGCACUUCAAUACUUGAUCCGAAUAAUACAAUGGAUGCUAAAUUGUUAAAUUUAAUACAAACUGCAACAGGAACUCAUCUUUUACCAAAUCAUCAAUUACAGAUGACAUCUUAUCCAGAAGUAUUAUAUCAUACAAGAGCUAGUGGAGUUAAUUAUUUUCAAUUAAACUUCUUAACGGAAUGUUUUGAUUUUUGUACGGAUGAUGAUUUAGAUAAAUCUAAACGGAUACGUUUAAUUCAAUUAAGACAAAAGCAUAUACCAGGUUUUCAAAAUAUUAUAAUACCAACAUUUGCAAAACAAAUUCCUGAUGAAAUAUUUGAUCCAUUGAAUGAGAAGAAGGAUCCAGACGAUGUACAUGAUGUACUCUCUAAAGGGAUGAAAGCAUAUAAACAAAAGCGUAAAGUAUAUCUUGAAAAAAUUAAAUUAGAAGUUAAUCAACACUUUCAAGAUAUAUUAAAUAAGAAAUCACUUCGUGAAAUUGUCAUUGAAGAAGAGAUACCGAAUAUUUUAUUCCUAUUGCCAUUUUUCAAAAGAUUAUUACAACCUAAACGUCCGUUAAGACCUAGAUAUGAAGAACGUCGACGUAUUGGUGCACAAUAUGUUCAAAAUUCUAGUCUUGAACUAAUAGUUACAAUACAUGGUGCUUAUAACUUACCAAAUCGAUGUACGAAACGAAUAGAUCAAUCAAAUUAUCGUAGUAAAACUGACAAUAUAAAUGAUCUUUUGAAACCAUUUGCUGUUAUUAAAUUUCAACAGAAUAAACAAUCAACUAAUUCAUCAGAAGGUAGAAAUCCUAGUUGGAAUACGGAAUUUCGAUUUCCUUUCUAUUUACCAUUGGAUAAUCCAAAAUUAGAAAAUAUGAAAGAUCCUAUUAUUAUUAAUAUAUAUGAUCAAGUCAUUUUCAAUCAAACAGAUUCAAAUCAAAAUGAAUCAUCUCAUUAUAUACAACAUAUAGAACAUCGUUUAAUUGGUUCAACUGAAAUACCUUUAUCAACUGUUUAUUUAAAUACUAAGAUUAGUGGUAAAAUCAAUUUGUCAAUCCCAUUAAUUUUACAAGGAUAUGAAACAAUUAAUCUUGUUAAAUCAUCUAUUAGACCAAUGAUCGAUAUUUUAAUGACAUUGGAACCAUCUAUUUACCCACCAACACCAUUAAUUGAUACGUUUAUCUCAAUUGAAUCACUUGAAGUGCAAACAAGUUUAUCAAAAUGGUAUCAGAAAUUAUCAAAGCAUAAAUUUAUGACUGAAAGACAAUUUAAACCAUUAGUAAUGAAUUCAGAUUGUCAAGAAAUAUUAAUGACACGUUUUUUGACUCCACUUAAUCCUCCAGAGGAAUUUCUACCAGGAACAAAGACUGGUUUCAGCAUUUCAGAAUCUAUGUUACGCUUAGCCCGUUAUGUAUCACUGAUUCCUUAUGAAUCUGAUAUUGCAUCAUUUCCUGGUUUAGUACAAGUUUGGUGUACAUGUGAUCAAUUUUUAAGUAUGUUAUGCGGUGAUGAAGAAGAGCAUGCAGUAUUAUUAGCAUGUUAUUUUAUGUACAUAUUCAAAUAUAGUACAAUGGAUAAUAAUGAUGGUGAAACAGCAACAAUCAUAAAUGAUAAGUCAUUCAAUCAAUCUAUUAAUAAAUCAAUGAAUUCAAUUUAUCUAUGUAUUGGUGAAGCUAUUCCCGAAGGUCGUACUGUUUAUAUAUUAACUGAAGAUUAUAUAUCAAAUAAACAAAUGACCAAUCUUAUUGGUUGGCGUUUAUGGAAUCCUGUAACUGGUCAACAUUAUUCAGUUCAUGAUGUGAAUAAUCCAUUACGUUCUGUUUGGGGAUUAGUUAAUUCUGAGAAUAUUUUAGCUAAUAUUCAACCAAAACAAGAACCAUGGGAAAUAAUUUGGGAUUUAAAUUCAAGAAAACAUUGGUUACCUGUUUUUAAUAAAACAAUAUUGAUGAAUAAUAAAGAUGAUACUAAAAGUUGUGGGAUUACACGUUUACCACAAACGAUACAACCGGAAAAAUUAAUUUAUAGACAUUUAGAACAACAUGAAGUGGAUUAUAUUAAAUUUGAAUUAGAAACUGUACUAAGAGAUGCAUUAAUGGAUUGGCGUAAAACAAAAAUAACAAGACUCAAUUAUGAAUUUAUGAAAGACUUUAAUAAAAUGCUUGAAAAUUUAGAGAAAAAUAAUGGUGCAUACUAUGAUGGAUUAAAUCAAUUACUUGAUCGAAUUUCUAAUAAAUAUUAUAUUUAUGGAUUCCCAAUGAAUUUCUCAUAUAUGGAACCUGAUGAAAUUAUUGCCAGAGUAAAAUCAAAAGGAAUUCAUGAAUUAAUUGGUAAUGAAUUCAUAACAACAUCUAAUAUUAUGGAUCUAAGUCAGUCAAUACAACAAAGAAGUUCCGUGAUGAAUUUUUCAAAAACCACAUUAAAUAGUGUAACAGAUUCAGUAUUUAGUUCAAAACCAUCAUUAACUUCAUUACGAUUAUUACAAUCAGAUUCAUUAAAUGUUCAAUUUGCAUUAAAUGUCUAUGUGAAAGCUUAUCCAGGACCAGUUCUAUCUAUAUGGAUAUAUAUGGCUGCAUUAUGGCGACGUACUAUAACAGAGUUAUCAUAGUACCACAAGAAGAAGAAGCAGAAGAAAAAUCCCAGUUUCUAAUGGAUAAUACUUCAGCAUUUCAUAAUUUUGUAAUAAACCUACACAUGUUUACCUUAAACUAAUACUAAUACGUGAAAAAUCGUUCUUGUAAAGUAAUAGAAUGAAUUCACUUGGUGUUGUUUAAUUGUCACUUACUUACUUAUGCCUGUUACUCCUAGUGGAGCAUAGGCCGCCGACCAGCAUUCUCCGACCCACUCCAUUCUGGGUCUUCCUUUCCAGUUCUAUCCUAUUUUUGUUCAUUUUCUUCAUGUCUACCUCCAUUUCUCGGCAUAAUGUGUUCUUUGGUCUUCCUCUUCUCCUUUAGCUUGUAUCUUACGAUUAUUGUUUAGGACUGCAAUUGUUGUCAUAUGUGCAUCCUGUCUCAAUAUUGUCACAAGCUUUAUGAGCAAAGAUGGAUAGUGGUUAACAGUGGAAUCCACGACGAGCGUUUUUUCCUACUUGGGACUUGUCAGAUGAACAUACAUGCACUUGGAACUCGAACCCAGUAUCGUUUGCUUCAAAAGACUGAUCAGUUGCAGUCUUAAACAGUCUUAAACUUCACCUCAUCGCACAGUUUGCAUGUCAAUGUAAAGGUAUGUAUAUUGGAAGGACAGAAAAGCAGGUUUUCAUAUGCUUUGUUGAAGAUAUUACAAAGAACGUAUCUUUUCAAGAGUAAGAUACUCUUCGCAGAUCUAUAAUGCUAUAUCUGACUGAGAUCGAAGAUGAAAUGGACGAGAUAAAUGCAUUCUACAUCAUCGAAAUUCGAAAAAAGUCACAGCAAUUAGAAGAUUUAAAUGUGACUUUUGAAUUUAAAGUGUAUCAGUGGUUGAAUUUCACUCUUAGACAUUCCAUGUUGUGUGGAGUCCUAUAUUAGGACGAAACGGCCAAUCAGUGGUUCCAGAUUUUCAAUGGCAGUCCAGCUUAGAUUGACUGGUGAAUUCACCUUUUGAAAUACUACAAUUUCCCCCAAUCCCCAUUCUGAUAAUAUUCAUAUGCUCACUAGUGACAAGGUUCAAGCUGUAACCAGUUGAGUUCAAUCCGUAUCCGGUAUGAGACAGUUACCCACCUCAGACAAUGGAUGAAGGGUUGCGUAGAAUCAAGGAUCGAUUGAAAUUAGACAUUAACGCCAAUGGAUACCGACUUAAAGGUCUAGAGAUUAAGCGUUGUAUGCGUGACCAAAGGUUCUUGGUUAGAUAUCCAUAUGCGGGAUCUUAGAUAAACGCUACUGAGAAGUCCCAUACUAUAUAAAUAAUUGAAUUUGCAAACAUUUCAUUUUUCUUCAUUUAGUGUUAAUUAAUAGUUAUAUAUAUAACCAAUCUAUUGAACAAGGAUGUAAUAUACAAACAAUGUAGAUACAUAUCUAAGAGAAUACAACUAAUAUGUAUAUACACAAUAAUAAAUAGCCCCCAAAUACCCUGGUACUGUCGAGAGUGGAAAGAUUUCACUCUCCCUCUCGAAUGCUCUCACAUGGUCACUUUCACAAAAGUUCUACUAACUGCCUUCUCAAUGUGUGGGCUGUUGUUUACAAAAUAAAGAGGAUGAAAAGCGAAUGUUCGACACUUUAACCGGUUGGUGGACACGGUCUAUCUAGAGCAGUUGGAAAACCCUGAUUGCAAACUGAUGGUGCUCAUGAUCUCCAGUAUCCUGAAGGAACAAAUGGUGUAUGAACAAAUUGUUGGUAACCGGCUACCAUGAAACUACAUCGCCCUACAUUGUUUCCCUAUCUUGUAAAUCAAACCUUCAGCUGGAAUGCUCUAGAUGUUACCCUCCCCACAGAAAACCACCUAUUUUGAUUUCAGCAUCCAAGCAACAUCAUGGCAUACACAUAAAUCAAGUGACUUAUGUGACGCAUAUCUUUUAAGUACCCCAUUGUACCUAGUCCACCAGGGUGCUUGAUAUCUGUGUGGUCACGCCACACGAUUGAGCUGUACUAUUCAGAUUUUAGUGUUAAAGCCUAUACAAUAUCUGGUUCUCCUGUGAAACAGGAUUGAGUUGUACUGUUCGGGUUGUCAUGUAAAAGUCUGGGUGAUAUCUGGUUCCAUUGAAAAUCAAUGUAAAAUUACCCUGACCUACAAGAGUAUUUUAUAUAACUAUGAGCUAUAACCCCUUACUUACUUACGCCUAUUACUCCUAAUGGAGCAUAGGCCGCCGACCAGCAUUCUCCAACCCACUCUCUCAUGGGCUUUCUUUUCUAGUUCCAUCCAAUUCUUGUUCAUUUUUCUCAUGUCUAUCUCCAUUUCUCGACGUAUUGUGUUCUUUGAUCUUCCACUUCUCCUUUGGCAUUGACGACUCCAUGUGAGGGCGUAUCUUGUGACGUAGUUCGAUGCUUUCCUCAAUAUGUGUCCUAACCACUUCCAGCGCUUCUUCCUCCGCUGGUAUCUGGUUUGUUCUCUCCUACAGUAAGUUGUUGUUAAUAGUAUCUGGCCAACGUAACUAUAACCCUAUUGUACCAAUGUUUAUGUGUUCAAAUAAUUAAAUAAAAACAAUAGUAAAUAUUGAUUAAUUCUAUAAUUAACUUAAGAGAAAUCAUCAUCAGCAUACAACUUAUUGUACGAUCUCUUCUUCUUCUUCUUCUUUUCUCUUUUUUCUUUCUUUUCUUUUCUCUUUUUUCUUUUUUGUUUUUUUUGUUUUUUAUAGUAAACUAUGAUGAAGUUGUUAAUAGUUCAUUUGCUGUUUUUUCUUUAAAUGAAGUAAACGAAUUAUUACAUAACUG